UAGUCCAUGCCGGGUUGGCCGCGCUGUGUGUGGCAUGUGAAUUAUUGCACCUGGACAUGAAAAGUCUCGUCUGGCCGCAACAUCCCUGGUGAUUAUGCGCAGCUCAGGUCUGUCAGUCCUGCCGUCUGACUGGCAAACCGAUCGACCUAAAAUGGAAAGCGACACCUAGUCCACUUCUGCGGAAUAUGGGCGGUCACUUCUGUAUACAUAUUUUUGUGAACGUCGUGAGACCAGCCCAUCAGUUUCGGCGCCUCCAGCGCGUUGAGCGAACGGUCCAGCACUCAAAGGGCGAGAUCACCUGCUGCAGCGGACCCCAUCCGCAUGGAGGAGGACACGGACGACCUGGACAGCGUGAAAGCGCUGGCGGCGAAGCUGAAGCUCCAGACGCGCAGGGCGUCCUACUCGGAGUGGAAGGAGCGCGUACAGACACGGCCGUGGACCCGCGCGCAGCCCGGCGCGAGCGCGGACCGAGCCGCGGACCUGGGCGGCCUCGCGCGCCACGGCACGCCCGCAACCACAGUGCGGGACAUCUGCGGUUUCCAUACAAUAGACGAUGCGCUGGAAUGGCUUAGGGGCGAACUGCAGGAGAUGCGUUUGCAGGACAACCGUCUGGCCCGCCAGCUCAUCCACAUGCGGGCAGAGAUCCACCGCCUCAAGGUGGAGCAGGUGUGCCACAGGCACAAGGAGAUGUUGGAGGACGCGGCGUACGAGCUGGAGGAGUGUGGCGAGGAGUCUGACCUGCUGUGCGACAUCCCCCUGAAGGCGACCUUUGCCCUGUCCACUCCGCUGAAGCACCUGGGCCUCACCAAGAUGAACCUCAACGCUCGACGUUUCUCUCUCUGCUAAAGGCGGAAGUAGGGACCACUGAGGUCAGCAUCUUCCCACAUUCAGCUACAAGCACAGAAGACUUCUUUCCUCCACGGACGCCAAGCCUUUCUCCAGGGAUAUUCUAUAUGCUGGGGACGUUCUGUAUUCCAGGGAUAAUUCUGUGUUCCUGGGAAAUUUUUUAUUCAGGAAAUAUUCUGUAUUUCCAGGGAUAUUUCGUGUUUUCGGGGACAGUUUGUUUGCAGUCACUGAGGGUUAGGUGUAGUUUUCUACCUUCCCUUUACCUGGUUCUUUUGACCAAUAAAAUGUGCUAAUCUUUCACCAUCAGUGAUUGGUUAAAACAGGGCCUGAUGUGUAUGUGAGGGAUGGGUCUGAGUUCCUCUGCCUUCAGUGAUUCAGUCCAGUCUGUAAGUGAUUGAGUGGUUCAGUGAUUCAGUCCAGUCUGUAAGUGAUUGAGUGAUUCAGUGAUUCAGUCCAGUCCAUAAGUGAUUGAGGCCGGUCUGUAAGUCAUGGAGUGAUUGAGUGAUUCACUGAUUCAGUCGGGUCUGUAAGUGAGACUGUAAGUGAGAUUGGCCUCUGCUCGCUACACUGUUUAUCUUAGCAGGGAAAAAGAGUUUAGACUCUUUAGGAGUUUGGAUUCUCUUUAAGAGAGCGUUUAGACUCAAAUAGACUUAAAGAACUAACACAGGCUGAGGUCUAACUGUGGUUAGACCUACUUGAUGUUGAUUUGGUUGGGUUAGUCAGCUGUGAGAACGUCCUGUAGACCCAGUGACGUUUGAGCUAACGAGAUCAGACUUGCCUUCACCACAAGGCCUUAUAUCAACAAAAUACCUUUACACCACGAAAUGUCAGCAGAGACCAGGAAGAGCAGAUAUUUACCCAGCAUUGUGACGGUUGGUGACAGGGACAUCGGUAAUGAGAUUUAAAAUGGUAGGGGAGUUCUCUGACUGGAAUUGAGAGGAAAAAGGUGUGCAGACAGAGACUAGUCUCAAGAGAAAACACACACAUGCACACACUCUAUUCAUAUUAAUAACCAUGUUAAUUAGCCUACCAGUCGUGCUUAAUUGCGGUAAUAAAGAUUACAGUGGUUCGCCAGAAUUAUGCAAAUGAGAUCAUGUCAACAGGUUCACAUUAGCCUUCAUUCUUUCUGAGUCAUGACUGUAACAUGGGGUAGCGUUGGACCUUUGAGUAGGGGCGCUGUUCGUCAGUCAGCCACUUCACCAGCGAGCAACGUGACUCUUCCCAGUGUCUUUAAAGUCCAACAUGGCAAAUUAUCGGAAGCUUUUGAAAAGCAUAGCACUUUCGCAAGUCCCAGACUCUUUUAGUAGGAAACCGUACAAAGAAUUCAUCUGAAAGGUAGUUUUUAAAGUACCUUCUGUUUGUAACAUGAUUAGAGCUCUUAACAAGACAGACGACGGACAGACUACUGAAUCUGAGACAGCAUAUGGGCAAGCAUGCAGACUCUGUAGUCAUGACUGUAAAAUUAUUUGUGAUUUUGACUUAAUAUUUGAGUUCAGUUAAACUCAAAACAAGUUCAGUAAUCUGUUUUACAUUCUGUUGAAUUGCUUUUGAGGUUCAGUGAAAUAAAAAUUUAAAGGCAGCCCUUCACAUUAAAACAAAAAAUAAUUUUUACAAUGUACAAUACACAUCUCAUGAAAUAUAUGACAGCUAUGUUCAGUAAUAUCAAGACUAUUUUAUUUUUGCUGUGGGUGUAAAUUGAUUAAUUGUAUUAAUCUUCAGUGAAUUUUUAACAAUAAA